UAAUGCCGAAUUGAUUAAAUUCAUCUACUUUCUUAACUUGAAUAGGUUACAAAAAAAAACAAACCUCCUUCAAAUGAGCGGCGCGCCCUGUCAGGUGUCAGCUCCGUGCCAGCCUGAGAAUACCUGCCCGGCAGUUAGGACCUGUCUACGAGCAAGGGGCACACUACUCGAGGAUGUCCUUGGUCCGUUUCCGGAUGAGGUCAUAAUGACGGCGCUGGAUCGUAUACUCUACUGUUUGGGGGCAACCAGAAUAUAUCACCAAUUAAAAGGCUUACCAUAUGCCCCACAAGCUUCUGCUUGUACUCUGCCAUGUCCCAAGCCCAGUUGCUCCUCGCUUAGCAGCCCGAUGAGUAACACCAGCCAUAGUAAAUAUACCAGCGCCAGUUCAAAAGGCACUUGCAAGCCAAACUGCGCCUGCAACCAGACGUCAGCCGCAGCCAAGUUGAAAUCUACCACGUCCAGGCCAUCACGUCCUCGCAUGCCACGCGUGGACUUUGCCCAUCCGGUGAUCGAUGAUCGCCAAUUGGCCGGUGGACAUCCCACACUUUCGGAUCGCAUGAAGGGUUCACUGUCCACGGCGACCAUUGCGUACAGUCGUCUCAAGUCCAGGCUUGCAGCUAAAUUGCCGGACAGUGGACACAAAUGGCUGUGGACACGUCUGGUGCAUUCCAAGGAUGGCUGCCACGUCUACGAGGUGUACAAGAACUCGGAUGUGGGGCAUGCCCCACAAAAAAUGGCGGGUGCAAAGGAGGCAAUAAUACUUUUUCUGGUCACGCCAAAUGGUUAUGUGAUGCCUUUCGAAACUGUCUCAUCGUUUUAGAUUAUUGAUUUGACUUUUGGCCAAUACUAUUUGAAAUUUGUAGUUUGUAGUAAGUCUAGCUGCACUUUAAUGGAAGUUUUUACUCUUGUAGAUUAUAUUAAAAAUUCUUUUUAUACAAAUUAACAAAGUGUUGCACUGAAAUACACAAAAGUGUUUUCUAUCAAUCUACAUAAAAUAAAGACGUUACAAGUUCA